CAAACCAAAGCCAGGCCAGGCCAGCCAGCCAAGCCGCACUCCCUCCCCGAGUCCACCACUGCCACCGCACGCUCCGCGACGCGAUGGCCGCGCUACGCCUCGCCUCCUUCACCCUCCGCCCGGCCGCCGCCGCGGCAUCCCCCUCCUCCGGCGCGGCGCCGCGGUCCGCCUCCUUCGCCCGCGCCGCGCGGGGGCUCCCCUCGCUCCGCCUGGCCCCGCCCCGCCGCCGCGGGGACCUCGCCAGGCCCCGCGCCGCGGCCGACGCCGCGGCGGAGGGCUACGCGACCGCGCUGUCCGAGGUGGCCGCCGAGAACGGAACCCUCGAGCAGACCGUGUCCGACUUGGAGAAGCUGGAGAAGAUCUUCGCCGACGAGGCCGUCGCCGAGUUCUUCGACAACCCCACCGUGCCGCGCGAUGUGAAGUCCCAGCUCAUCGACGAGAUCGCCAAGUCGUCCGAGCUGCAGCCGCACGUCGUCAACUUCCUCAACGUCGUCGUCGACAACUUCCGCGCGGGGAUCGUGCCGCAGAUCGUCGCCGAGUUCGAGAACGUCUACAACGCGCUCAGCGGCACCGAGGUCGCCACCGUCACCUCCGUCGUGCAGCUCGAGUCCAAGGACCUCGCGCAGAUCGCGCAGCACGUCCAGAAGAUGACCGGCGCCCAGAACGUCCGCCUCAAGACGCAGCUCGACCCGGACCUCAUCGCCGGCUUCACCGUGCAGUACGGCCGCGACGGAUCCAACUUCAUCGACAUGAGCGUCCGGAAGCAGAUUGAGGAGAUCGCCUCAGAGUUCGAGUUGCCCUCCGUCGCCCUCGAAGUCUGAUCCGGCUUUAGGCGUCAACCCUCGCCCUUGAAGCCUAGCCGCUACUCUCUGGGAUGUUGCCAUGUUGGUCUUCUUCCCCGUCGAACCUGCAGAUCAAUGGUGGUGGCUCAAAUACAUACGGACGGACAGUUUUUUUCUGGAUUUCUCUUUCCAUUUUUUUGACUGGGAACGUAUGUAAUUCUUUUCCUCCUAUUUUUGCGGUUGACACUGUAAUAUGUUUAAAACACUCAAAUAUAGCUGAGUUUUCUCUUCCCCUCUCAAA